GACAAACAACCCCCCUCCCACCCUCUCUCUCUCCCUCAAUCAAAAACUCACAACCGCAAACCAAAACGCACCGUACCAUGCUCUCUGCUUCGACCUCGACAUUCUUCGCCGCUCCAAUUCUCUCCGCCACCCCUCCCCCUCCCAAAACAUCGACACGCGUACAUUUCAGGCCAAUAAGCGCCUUCGCCGCCGGUUCCACCUGCACCUCGGACGAGACAGCUACGGCGUCGUACCUCGGCCCUCAGAAGAUGACCUCGCUGUACGAGAUCCUCGGCAUCCCGGCGGUCGCCACGUGUCAGGAGAUCAAAUCGGCGUACCGGCGAUUGGCUAGGGUUUGCCACCCCGACGUGGCGGCGAUCGAGCGCAAGGACACGUCGGCUGACGAGUUCAUGAAGAUUCAUGCUGCCUACUCCACGCUAUCGGACCCCGAAAAGCGCGCCGAUUACGACCGGAAGUUUAUGCGCCGGAGCCGACCGUUGUCAACGGCGUCGGGAUAUUCCGGGUACUACACUCGCCGGAACUGGGAGACCGACCAGUGCUGGUAGCGAGUUGACUCACCGAUUCCGAAAUUGAAGGACUUCAAUCCGCGAGAUUAUUGGUAAUUUUGUAAAUAUACGAUGAAGCAUAGCAUAGAGUUCAAUCGGAGCCGUUGAAUAUUUUGAUCAUGAUGGUCUCGCUGUGGCUGGAGAUGUUUGCGAUGAUCCCUCUGUCUGUCUGUCUGUCUGUCGGACACUACAACAAGAAGUAGCGCCAAAGUUCCAAACCUCCAAAGUCGAAGCGUUGAAAAUCUCAUUUUAUGAUAGUAUUUACUAUAAUUACUUGGGGCAACAUUUUAAUUUUAAAUUUUGUAAAGUCCUGUUUUCUUUUUUGGGAUUAUUAGGACAUAAGUACAGUACAUACAGUGAUUUACACAUAGAGAUUGGAGCUCAGUAUUUUUAUGGGUAUCAAUUUGAAUGAAUAUUAUUAUUCUCGUCAGAAAUUUGGACAA